AUAAAACUAUCGAAAAAGCUAUAGUUAAAAAAAUUAAACAAAAUAAUCGCGAAUAUACACCUGAAUUUGUUUCUAUGGCUACGAAUUUAAGUAUUCUUGGUCAUACUUCGAUAUCAUCAACAAUACAAUGCACAAAAGAAAUUAUAACAUUUCUUACUGGUCAACCUCCUAAAUCAUGCUUAUCUUCAAGUACUUUAUCACGAUGGACAAAAGAA